ACCACUGACGACUUCUUGUCUUCCGCUGCUCGUCCUUUCCGCGACUUACGCGUCUUCAUCACUCUCGUUCAACCGUCGUUCUUUGAUCCCUUGGCAGUGGCGCGGCUCUGGGUUUAUUUAUCUUCGGACUGUUCCCUCUUUCCAACCACUUCGCAUCCAUCCAUUGCGUCUCAAAAAUGAAGGUUUCUAUUUCUCACGCAUGCCUUUGGGCAACAGUGGCAUCUGCCGCCUCCACCCCCACAAAAGCCAAAAGGGCGAACAAAGCGCGGGCUGCGAGUCUGCCGACCGUCACGGUCCGAGGCAAUGCCUUCUUCGCCGGCGACAACCGCUUCUACAUCAAAGGCCUCGACUACCAACCCGGCGGCUCGUCUGCAGCCAUCGACCCCAUCGCCAACGCCGAAGGGUGUAUGCGGGAUGUGGAAAAGUUCAAGGAGCUGGGAAUCAAUACCAUCCGUGUGUACACGGUCGACAACAGCCCCGACGUGGACCACGAUCCGUGCAUGAAUGCUCUGGCCGAUGCCGGCAUUUACUUGGCUUUGGAUGUCAACACGCCUCUGUACUCGCUGAAUCGCAAUGAGCCCGCGGGAUCGUACAAUGACGCUUACUUGCAAAACGUCUUUGCCACGGUCUCGAAGUUUGCAGGGUAUAGCAACACGCUGCUCUUCUUCUCCGGCAACGAGGUCAUCAACGCCGACAACAACACCAACAACGCCCCCUACAUCAAAGCGACGACGCGCGACAUCAAGUCCUAUCUCGCCCAACAAGACCUCCGCCGCAUCCCCGUCGGCUACUCUGCGGCGGACGUGUCGAGCAACCGCUACGACACGGCGACGUACAUGAACUGCGGCACCGACGACCAGCGCAGCGACUUCUUCGCCUUCAACGACUACUCGUGGUGCGAUCCGUCGUCCUACACCGUCUCCGGCUGGGACCAGAAGGUGGCGACGUACAGCAACUACAGCAUCCCGCUGUUCCUGUCCGAAUUCGGCUGCAUCACCAACACGCGCGCCUUCGGCGAAAUCCCCUCGCUCUACAGCGCCAACAUGACGCCCGUCUACUCCGGCGGGCUGGUGUACGAGUACAGCGAAGAAGGCAACGGCUACGGCCUCGUCAACAUCCGCGGCAACAGCGUGCAAGAGACGGCCGACUUCCGCGCGCUGCGCGAAGCGUACGCCAACCUCGAAAUGCCCACCGGCGACGGCGGGUACAAGCAGGACCUGCCGAAGAGCCAGUGCCCCUCCGCCAGCUCGACGUGGGAGGUGCACGAUUUCGAGGGCGACGAUUUGCCCGCUAUCCCUGAUAAGGCGGUGCAGUAUUUGGAUGAUGGGGCGGGCGAUGGAGCUGGGUUGAAUGGGCCGGGCAGUCAGUGGGACGUGGCUGGGGCGAGUGAUUCUACUGCUUCCGCUGGGUCUGGGUCGGGAGGUGGUGCGAGUGGGGGUGGAAGUAGCAGUGGCGGCGACAAUGGCAGCGAUGAUGGAGGUUCGGGGAAUGCGGCGGGUGCGUUGCGCACGCCGGUUGGCUUGCUCGUUGGAGCUUUGAUUGUUGGUGUUGGGAUGGUGGUUGGUGGAGGGUUGUAGGGAGCUGAUUGAUAUAAUUACUAGGCAUUGGGGGCGUACAGAUCAACUUCACAAACAUUGAAAUCAUCAUCAAAGAGUGCAGAAUGCAUCACAUAUCUACCAGACAACGCAGAGUCAAGUCGAGGAGAGUUGAGACAGCGCAAAGCAACAAUCAAAGAUCGCC